AUGGCUCCUUUUAUCACAAAGUUUGAGCCCUACGAGCCAGAGGAGUACGUCGUGGAUAAGAAAAGCGGUACGAAGAGUCCCGCGCGUCUAGAGAAAAUCGCGAUCGUCGGGUCUGGGAGUUGGGGUACUGCGCUUGCGCGUGUUGCUGCUUUAAACGCGGCUGAACGGGAGGGAUUCGAUCCUGAGGUUAGGAUAUGGGUUAGGGAGCAUGAGGUACCCGGACGAGGCAAGCUUACGGAGAUAUUCAACCAGACGCACCAGAAUGAGAGGUACCUACCUAAUGUCGAUCUUCCCGAGAACCUCGUUGCGGUGCCCAGUCUCAAGGAGACCGUGCGGAAUGCGACGCUUAUUCUCAUCGUUGUCCCGCACCAGUACCUCCCGAGUAUCCUCGAAGAGCUCAAGGAACCUGGUUUAAUCAGCUCCAGGGCGCGCGCCAUUUCAGCAAUCAAAGGCGUCGAAGUCGUUAUCCAGAAGGACGGUCCCACCGCCGACAUCCACACCUACCCCUCCGUCAUCGAGAAAGAGCUCGGAAUCCCCUGCUCCGCCCUAGGCGGUGCCAACAUCGCACUCGACGUCGGGCGGGGAGAGUUCUGCGAGACGACCAUCGGCGUGCCGAGCGCGAAAGACGCGGCGCUGUGGCAUGCUGUGUUUGACGGCCCGAGUUUUAGGGUACACCCAAUUGAAGAUGUGGCAGGUGUCAGCCUGAGUGGAGCGCUGAAGAAUGUUGUUGCGCUUGCGGCAGGAUUUGUAGAUGGGAUGGGCCUCGGGGGUAAUACUAAAGCCGCGAUUUUGAGGAUUGGACUCUUGGAGAUGUCGACGUUCACGUUGGAGUUCUUCCCGGGCAGUUCGCCGUUGACGUUUUCGCAUCAUUCUGCUGGUGUUGCAGAUCUUAUUACGACGUCAUUUGGUGGGAGAAAUCGGAAAUGUGCAGAGGCGUUCAUCAAGAGCAAACCAGAGUAUUCUGGAGAAUCUAAACCAGACUCGGGAAAAUCGUUCGAACAACUCGAAAAGGAGCUCCUGAAUGGUCAAAAACUCCAAGGAACGCUGACUUCGCGAGAAGUCUUCGAGUUCCUCGAGGCUCGCGGACGCUUGGAGGGAUACCCGCUUUUUGAAAAGGUGUAUAGGAUCUCGUUUGAGGAGAUGGAUCCGAAGAGGCUGUUCGAAGAUCUGUAA